UAUAAUAAAAAAUUUAAAAAUUUCAUAUUCCUCCUGUCUGCCCGAGUUGGGAGAGGAAGAACAAUGUCGGGAGGAACUGCUCGCGGGCGGCUGGCUGAAGAAUUGAACGCCUUGCGGAAGAACCAUACCCAUGGUUUUAUGGCUAAACCUGAGACUCUUCCCGAUGGCGCUGUUAAUUUAAUGGUGCCGAACAGUUCGAUCCCGGGCAAGGUAGGGACCGAUUCUGCUAAUUCUGAUGGAGAAAUCGUCCUCCCCACCAUGCGUCCAAAUGGAUACUUAGCCGGAGAAGCCCAAAUCGAGAGAGCCUGGGCACACUGGAACAAGCUUGGCCGGCCAAAGCACAUUGUGGCUCCCAUGGUCGACAACUCUGAGCUUCCGUUUCGGUUGCUGUGUCGUAAGUAUGGUGCUCAAGCUGCAUACACUCCGAUGCUCCAUUCCAGAAUUUUUACUGAGACUGAGAAGUACCGUUCCCAAGAGUUCACAACUUGUAAGGAGGACAGGCCACUGUUUGUGCAAUUUUGUGCAAAUGAUCCAGAUGUUUUAUUGGAGGCAGCGCGGAGAGUUGAGCCUUACUGCGAUUAUGUUGACAUCAAUUUUGGAUGCCCUCAGCGUAUUGCCAGACGGGGGAACUAUGGAGCUUUCCUCAUGGACAAUCUUCCUCUAGUGAAGUCUCUGGUCGAGAAAUUGUCCCAAAAUCUUGAUGUUCCCGUGUCAUGCAAAGUUCGAAUCUUCCCUGAUUUGCAGGACACAAUUAAGUACGCAAAAAUGUUGGAGGAGGCGGGCUGUGCACUUUUAGCUGUUCACGGAAGAACUAGAGAUGAAAAAGACAUGAAGAAAUUUCGGGCCAACUGGAACGCAAUCAAAGCAGUCCGGGAAGCAGUGCGAAUUCCUGUCCUUGCUAAUGGUAACAUAAGACAUGUAGAAGAUGCCGCGCUAUGCUUGGAAGAGACAGGUGCACAAGGGGUUCUUUCAGCCGAGUCACUUCUUGAGAAUCCAGCGCUCUUUGCUGGUUACCGAACUCCUGAAUGGGCAUCUGGCGACGAAGAAACUUGCAGUGAUGGCGGAUUAGAUCAAGCUGAGCUUCUGGUAGAAUAUCUGAAAUUUUGCGAGCAGUAUCCAGUGCCAUGGAGAAUGAUCCGUUCCCACGUGCACAAGCUUUUGGGAGAGUGGUUCCGAGUCCAUCCUCAUCUAAGAGACGAUCUAAAUGGACAGUCUAAGCUUACGUUUGAAUUUCUUUACAGCAUUGUUGACCGGCUUAAAGAACUUGGCGCAAGAAUUCCCCUGUAUGUGAAAGACAGCGAUAGAAACGAGGUAUCGGCCGAUGGGACUGUAGCAUGAAUCCAAACUUACUGGAGAAUUUGCUUUUAAUCAUUGGUUGGGGCUUCAUCUUCCAUGGCUAGGGCCUAAAGAAGUAUGUAAGUCCCACUUAAUUUUUGUCCCAUGCUUGUGUUUGAAUUGUAGUCAUAUGAUAUGUAUCAUUAUUCUUGGUAAGAAGGUAACUUCACAAGGCUGCGCGUGUGGCAAACUCAUUUAUGACCUUGGAACUGUGCCAUAGUAGCUAUUAUAUUAUUUGCAGUUAUUUUUA